UCACUGCUCUCACUCACUGCUCACACUCACUCACAACACAAAGUUUGGAGGCCAGGCGAGCGGUGGGAUACCGACGGAUAGGAAGUGACGGGACUGUAUGAAUUGCAGAAGGAGGAAAAAAGGAGACGGGAAUAUCAACACAAAGCAGAAUGAGAAGUAACGUGCGAUCAUCGGGAUAUUAGCGCGAGAGGGGAAAACUGAAAUGCACAUGAUCUUAUUGUCAACGCCGGAGCGAGAGACUUUCAAUGGGAGUGAACUCAGCUCACAGAAGUGAAAAGCCGAGAUUUUAGUUAAGGAGGGGAGGUUGUCGUCUGAUUUCUAUGACCGUGUUUGUAACUCUGGAAAGUGCUGGCACCCGGGGGGGCAUAUGGAAGCGCCAUCUAUAGACUCCACUUUGAAUAUUAAGUCAAAGACUUUACGAAAACAGCCUGGGAAAUAUUAAGGGGAUAUGAGCGCAGAUCUUUUGAUUUCGCCUCGGUUUUUUCCUGUCGGCUUCAGUUUUGCGUCUCCGGGGAUGUUUGCGAGUUGCAUCUCUGCGGCUUCAGUUCGGAUACUGACCCGUCUGUGCGCCCUGGUGCUGGUGGCCGCUGUGGGACUCGGGUCAGAGCUGCGGGUUCGAGUCCGGCUCGCUGACGGACUUGUUACCGAGGAGGUUUUGGAGGCGGACACCGAGAGAGACUCGAUAUCGCUCGAGUUCAAGCAGGGAGAUGGGGCACUCAUCACUUUUGUGGCGGACUUCAAACAGGAUGUGAAGAUAUUCAGAGCGCUGAUCCUGGGUGAGCUGGAAAGAGGGCAGAACCAGUACCAGGCCCUGUGCUUCAUCUCUCGCCUAAGCCGCAAUGAGAUCAUCCCGAGCGAGUCCAUGGCUCGCCUCAGACAGAAAAAUCCUCAGGCCAUUCGCUUGGCAGAGGAGCGGAGAGGACUGGAGCAGCUGACGAUGAGCGCGGCAGUCAAUCUGAGUCAGGCCUCUCAGCUCAGCUCCCACAUCCACAACAUGUGCAGCGAGGCCCGGGAGGCCAUUUACACCAGGGAGUCCGAUGUCAAACACUGGCUGGACAAAGGAGUGGAUGGCUCCAUAUUCGAGGUCCUGCCCCAAACAACAGAGGCGCCAAGCUUCCAGGCCUGUUACUCCACUAAAGACUUAUGGCAGCCUUGUCUCUGCACAUACAGCCUGCGCCUGGAGUGGUACCCAUGUCUGCUGAAGUACUGCCGCAGUCGAGACACCACGGGCAAAGGCUCGACCUACAAGUGCGGCAUUAAGAGCUGCAGCAAGGGCUAUCAUUUCACUUACUAUGUUCCCCAAAAACAGCUGUGCCUAUGGGACGAAGAGACCUAGAAUUUUAUACUGGAUGGCUAAGAAAAGAGAAAUACUUUUUUUUCCCCCCACAGCCGAGCCAAUGCUUCCCCACCCGUGCUAUUCAAAGUGAACACAGUAACACUGAACCUUGGUUUAUGUGAUCAACUGUCUCAGGUGGCGGAGCAGUGAGAUCCAGAUGUUCGAGCUGACACAGAAAUUCGGGUUCCAAAUGAGACCAAAACCUUUGAGGAAGGAGAGACACAACACGUCAUUUAGAAAGCACCCACUAACUUCUGGGAAAAUGACAAUUAAGUUGUAAUGUGACUUUGCCAAGAAGAUGUCACUUUUGUGCCUUUUUUUUUUUUUGGAGAAAUUAUUGGAGCAAAUGAUAGACGCCAACAACAGUAACCUCCCAAACAAGCUACUGUAUGCACAAAGCUGGACGGGGCAUUUCUGGUCAAUCAAACACCAGCAGAGGAAAGACAGAGCCUGAUCAAAAGGAGUCAUACUGGACAAACAUUAUCUCCCAUCCUGGUGAAGGAAAAUUUGGAUGGUGGAAUCAUCUUUCUGAUAAAGCUCUGUGAAAAACAGUUUGUAACCCAACAUCUGUUAAAAACAAUGGAAAUGCUUCUUAAAUGCUGGCUUUAUUUAUUUUGGUUGCAAAGUGAAAUUAUUGAGGACUAUUUUUUGUAUCUUUUUGCAUUAAACAAGCUCUUAAAGUCUAAACCAUAGGUCCUCAGUAACAAAGUAUUUAAACAUAUUUCAGAAAUGUUUAACCUCUUGGAUUUUGGAUGUUUUUUCUGGACUCAUCCAUAUGUCCCUUUGUUGCCAAGUUUUCAUGGUCGUACAGAGAGUGGAUCAACAGGUUUAUUAUCUCUAAUAGGACACCUGUAUCUCUGCUUUGCCUAAUCAAUAUUAAUGGGGGCCACCUUAUGCCCAACAGUCACAUUAUAAGCUGUUAAAACGUCAAACAAACCAAAGUCAAAGGAAAUACUGUCAAACACAAGGUUUCAGUUUCUAAAAGCAGACUAUUUACUAUGGUGUUUUUCCAUUUUUCACUCAAACCGCAGUAUGGCCUUUUUAGUAAUCUAUACUGCCAUCUUCUGGUUAAGCAGUGUUCCAUGUUUUCUUUUGUAUCCCAAUACCAUAACUUUGAUUUUUGGUUUGUCAGUUUUGUCUGUCCUCUGAACAAUUAAAUGUCUAUAAUUUAUGCAACUCAAAUCCCUUAUAAUAUUUCAUGCAUAAUUCAAGUAUUGAACUCAUGGGACCAAAUUUCAUUUUGUCUGUCUGUUCUUUAGAGUGAUAGGUUGAAGUAUGAUUUGGGCUUACCUCCACCUUCAUUUCAGUCUUACUGCCAUAUCUCAUAAAAAAUAUUUUGUGUUUUUGUGUGUGGGUAUGUCCUGCUAACUAAAGAACCAAAUGAGUGAAAUAUUUUCUAUUUGUGGCCUUUACUGGUGAUCAAGUGCCUUAACAUUUCCACUGAUAUCUUUGCUAUGUAAUUGUAGAUUAAGUUUGUAAACUUAUUUUUUCUAUGAAAGAAUUUUGAAUAUGUUGUAAAAAGUUGCUAUAAGGAGAAACUGGAGCAAUUAGGUGAUACCAUUCAAGAGUUGAGUUUUACACAAAUUGUGUCAAUAAAGUCUUUCUUUGCACUGCA